AUGCCCGUCGCAUCAAGAUUCGCAUUCUCAUUCCCAACAAUCCCGCCAUAUUAUAUCCCCUUGUUUAUUGACCGCUACUCUUGCCGAUUUUCCCCUCCCGUGAUCAUGAUCAUGACCAUGUACCACACUCUCCUCCAUACCUCAUCUUCUGUUGUCCGCAUCCCCCAAGAAAAUGUAUAAACUACACACGCUGUCCCUUCUCCGCGCUCUGAUCCCGACUACGUUUUUAUUGUC